CGGCGCGGCCACUCGCCUAGCGUCCGGAGUGCGGCUGUCCAGCCGGCCCGCAUCUCCGGGGUCGGUGCUGGACCGGAGCACUAAGUGAAGCUGGACUCUGCUGGACGACGGAGGCGCGGGCCAGGGCGCGGUGAGGUGGAAGGCGCGAGCUGUCACUCAGCUGGGCUGUCACUGCGACCGGCCGAGCUCGGUCCCAGUGGUACCCGCGUCGGGGCGCGAGUGCGCUUCCCAGCCCUCUCCGGCGAGGCUGCUGCGGUGUGGGAGUGACUCCCGACUUUCCUACCGCGGCUCUGUCCCUCACCUGGGCCUUGGGAAGUUUGCGGCGGAAACGAAAAUCAGUAUCCCGCUCUCUGUCAAAGGAAGGAUAAUUGUGGAGACCAUUGAAGGAAUGUGUUACUUACAUGGAGAAGGUGUCAUACACAAGGACCUGAAGCCCGAAAAUAUCCUUGUUGAUGAUAAUUUUCACAUUAAGAUAGCUGACCUCGGUGUUGCUUCCUUUAAGACGUGGAGCAAACUGACUAAAGAGAAACACAAUGAGCAAAGGAAAGUGAACAGCAACUCUGUGAAAAAUGGCGGCACCCUCUACUACAUGGCCCCGGAGCACCUGAAUGACAUCAAUGCCAAACCCACAGAGAAGUCAGACGUGUACAGCUUUGGCAUAGUUCUUUGGGCAAUAUUUGCAAAUAAGGAGCCAUAUGAGAAUGCUAUCUGUGCAGAGCAACUUUUAAUAUGCAUAAAAUCUGGGAACAGGCCAAAUGUGGAAGACAUCAUUGAGCACUGCCCAAAGGAGAUCAUCAGCCUCAUGGAGCUCUGCUGGGAGGCGAACCCAGAAGUUCGACCAACAUUUCCUAGCAUUGAAGAAAAAUUUAGGCCUUUUUAUGUAAGUCAGUUUGAAGAAUAUGUAGAAGAGGAUGUGGAGAGUUUAAAGAAAGAAUAUCCAAUGAAAAAUGCAGUUUUGCAGAGAUUGCAGUCUCUCCAACUUGAUUGUGUGGCAGAACCUCCAAGCAGGUCAAAUUCAGAACAGCCUGGUUCGCUGCACAGUUCCCAGGGACUCCAGAUUGGCCCUGUGGAGGAGUCCUGGUUUUCUGCCUCCCUGGAGAACCCACAAGAAGAGAGUGAGCCCAUUUUGCAGCUUAAACUCCAGGAGGAAGCAAGCUAUCAUGCUUUUGGCAACCGCAUGGACAAGCAGACAAAACAACAGCCCAGACAGAAUGUGGCUUACAACAGAGAGGAGGAGAGGAAACGAAGGGUCUCUCAUGACCCCUUCGCACAUCAGAACCCUUAUGAGAAUGUUCAGAACACCCGUGGAAAAGGUCUUGCUUAUCCCAAUGCAGCCAGUCAUAGCAGUGCAGUAAACCAACCGACAGGGCUGAACAGUCAACCUCAAGGACCAUAUUGGAACACUGACUUAUACACUGUACCUGGGUUUGGGGUAAGACCACUGGAUCCAGUGACAGCAAGUACAGGAUUUUGGUAUGGGUUGAAUUCCAGCCCCAUGCCUAAUCUGUAUAAAACUCCAGUGCCUGAGACCAACCUACCAGCAAACACACCCACCAUUCCACUCUACUCCUUUCCAUCAACAGAUGAGUCCCCAAAAUGUUGCAUAUACAAUAGUACUGGCAUACAGAUUGGAACCUAUAAUUAUAUGGAGGUUGGUGCAGUGAAUUCACAACUACCAGAAAACACAUGUGCAAAUGUGAAAGAAGAGCCACUUUCCAAGUUCCGAGAUAUCUUUGAUAAUACCUCAAGUCUGACUGCCAAACACUUGAACCCCGUCAGAGAAAACCUGGGAAAGCACUGGAAAAACUGUGCCCGUAAGCUGGGCUUCACUGAGUCUCAGAUUGAUGAAAUCGACCAUGACUAUGAGCGCGAUGGACUGAAAGAAAAAGUUUACCAGAUGCUCCAGAAGUGGCUGAUGAGGGAAGGCAAUAAGGGGGCCACCGUGGGAAAGCUGGCCCAGGCGCUCCACCAGUGUUCCAGAAUAGACCUCCUGACCGCCUUGAUCCAUGUCAGCCAGAACUAACCCUGGAGGGGCUUGGGCAACAUGAAGCCCCUGGGAGGUGUUCUGCCCCCAAACAUUCAAGAUUCUAUCCUCGCGGAUACAUGUCGCUGCCUGCAUUUCAGAGCUGAAGAACGGCAAGAGAAAUCUUCAGCCAGCAUCCCACUCUCAGGAAAGUGUGCAGACAGGAGGCUUCUUAAUACCCAUGAGGGUAUUAAAAACAAAGAGAAAGAGAAAGCCUAGUUGGGUGUAAAAGGGAAAGAAGAGAUAUUUGAAGAAUAUCAUUUUCUUUCAGCCCAUGUCAUAACCUUAAAUUAUGCUAGUCAUUUCAUUUCCUGGGGUUUUGGUGGAAAAAACAAAUUUGGCUUUCUUAUUUUGGGCUUUCUUCUGCACAUAGGCUCCUCUUAUAACCAAAGUGCAAUAAAUUUCUAAUUUCUGUGCAAAUAGAUUUUUUUGUAUGACAACCAACAGUUUGUCCCAAAAUUAUAGGACCUAUUAACUUCAGUAUCAAAUACUGUCGCCACAGACUCUUAAGAAAUUAUGUGCAAUCCCCCUUCAUUGUUCUAAAGUAUAAAUUCACUGAAGGGAAAGAGUGCUAAAGAAGAGAAAAAAAAAUACAGGGUGGAAAAUCAUUGGAUUUUCCUGGCAGUUAAUUCAAGAAACUGUUAUGAAUUGUGACUACCACAAAAAUUCUUAAUUUUAUAUGUGCUUUCCUAACACUCCAGUACUUUAUGCAGUUUCCCAUCCUGUGUCCCCCAAACAGAGAAAGGUAUGUGGGAAAUAUUGAUCUCUUCACCCCUGGGUAUGAUCAGAGCCUCAGGACUGAUCGCUGUUGAGCUCUUACCUCAGUUUACCCCAGCUUACCAAAGAGAUGUGUUUAUUUUUUUCUGUGUGCUGUGAAGCUAAAAAAAAAAAAAAAAACUUGAGAGCCUGGUCAUUAUGCAUCUAGCACUCAGCCUUUCAAAGCCCUUAUGAAUCCUAGGAGCAGAUGAAAGAACUUCUAGAACAGAACAUUGAAGCUACCCAGGUCAUUGGGCAUUGUUGCUGGCACUUUGCUAAACAGAGAUAUGCCAUUGGGUUCAGCUCUCCCAACAUAGAGGGAGAGAAGGGUGCAGUGAUGGUCACUCUGUCUGGAGAGAUUCUGAUGUCUUGGGUCGAUAACAGUGUUGUUGGUUCUGAUUCUGAAUCCUCUCCAGCCUCUGCAGACACACACCCCUGAAAUGAGGAUGCAGAACAGGGUUUCUCCACUUAGCUCUAUUGACAUUGAGCCACGUAGGGGUUUUUUGUUGUUGUUGUUGUUGUUGUUGUUUGGUUGGUGUGGGGGAGGCUAUCCUGUGCCUUCCCUCAUCUUGCCCCCAGUGACAAUGUCUCUAUGAAUUUCCAAGUGUUCCCUGGAAGGGAAAAAUUGCCCUGCUUGAGAAGAGUACUGCUGUAAGCCUCAGUAUGUCCACACAUGUCAGGUCUCACUACUUAGCUGCCACCAGCAUUAAGUCAUGCUGACCCCAA